AUGUUUGACCACAGAGAGAGCAUCCACAAGCUGAAGGAGAAAGCCAAGAAGCGGAAGGGCCGAGGCUUCGGCUCAGAGGAGGGCUCGCGGGCCCGCGUGCGUGAGGACUAUGACAGCGUGGAGCAGGAUGGCGAUGAGCCGGGCCCGCAGAGGUCGGUGGAGGGUUGGAUUCUCUUUGUCACGGGGGUUCAUGAGGAAGCGACAGAAGAAGACAUCCAUGACAAAUUUGCGGAGUACGGCGAGAUAAAAAACAUCCACCUGAACCUCGACAGACGGACAGGCUACCUGAAGGGAUAUACUCUGGUCGAGUAUGAAACCUAUAAAGAGGCACAGGCGGCCAUGGAGGGGCUGAAUGGCCAGGAGCUGAUGGGGCAGCCCAUCAGCGUGGAUUGGUGCUUCGUGAGAGGGCCCCCGAAAGGAAAGAGAAGGGGUGGGCGCCGACGGAGCAGGAGUCCGGACAGGAGACGCCGAUGAUGGAUCCUCAUUUCUACCUGAGCCACGGUGGCAUCUUUUAAAGGAAUUUCUGCCCCAGAUUUUGCUUUCUGCCUGACAUGGGGUGCCUGGCUUCUGGCUUAUUGCUCCUCACACGUUGGUGGUGCCAUUAGACCCUGCCCGGCACAGAAACAUGCUGGUGAUGCCACAGUGCUGGCUCU